CUUGUCUUUUUGAAACUGUUUGUCAUGGUUUUGAUGGCUUUUCCAGGUGUGGGUAAGAGUUGCCUUCUUUUACGUUUUUCCGAUGGUUCUUUCACCACCAGUUUCAUCACUACCAUUGGGAUUGAUUUCAAGAUAAGAACGAUUGAGCUUGAUGGAAAGAGGAUCAAAUUGCAAAUAUGGGAUACUGCAGGUCAAGAACGAUUCAGAACUAUCACAACUGCUUACUACCGUGGAGCAAUGGGUAUAUUGUUGGUUUAUGACGUCACGGAUGAGUCAUCCUUCAACAACAUCAGGAAUUGGAUCAGAAACAUCGAACAACACGCAUCUGACAAUGUCAACAAAAUACUCGUCGGGAACAAGGCUGACAUGGAUGAAAGUAAAAGGGCUGUUCCUACCUCGAAAGGUCAGGCACUUGCUGAUGAAUAUGGAAUCAAGUUUUUUGAGACCAGUGCUAAGACAAACUUGAACGUGGAGGAGGUUUUCUUCUCAAUUGCCAGGGACAUCAAGCAAAGACUUGCCGAGACAGACUCCAAGACUGAGCCUCAGGCCAUAAGGAUUAACCAACCGGACCAAACAAACGGAGCUGCCCAAGCUGCUCAAAAAUCGGCUUGCUGUGGCUCUUGAGCCGAAUUUAUUCAAAAUAGAAGAACAAAAAAAAAAGAAAAGUAUUAUCCUGUGAUUGUUGAUAGGAUGGCUAGAUACAUUCCUUGAAUUGACCUUUUUCAUCAGGACUACUGCUAGCCCUUGCCAUUGACGAUACUCGAGUUGCUCGUAUUUUUAUUUUUAUCUUUUUUUAUCAUCCCUCUCUUCAUUUUUUUAGAUGCUACACUAUUGUGUUUUAUUGACUGAUUUUCAUUUAAUGAAUUCAUUUUUUUUUUGUUUUUCAUUUUGGUGCUUAAGUGGAAUGCUAUGUAAUGCUUAUAAGUUGGACGAACUGU